GCAUGCUUCAGUUCCGGCGGCAGACACUCGUCUUUUGAAGGACGACUCAUCAAGUCUAGGCAGUGAUGGAGGGUUUGCCUCGUGAAGUUACGGAUGCUACUCUUGUUGAUCUGUCAGCUCGCGAGCUCCAGAUACGAGCCUGCGUAUCGAGCGACUGCAAGACGGUAAAAGAAUUCAUCUUGAACAACCUGAUGCAGCAAGCACGUAUGACGAAUCACUACAUUUAUCGAAGCUUGCCGCUUCUAAGUGUGUACUUCCUGGCACUGGCGUUCGCUAUACGCAAAUACAAUCCUUGGCACUCCUCAGAUUGGGGCCGUUUCGUGUUCCUGGUGUCCGCUUUCACAGCUCUCUUUCUGGUUUCUGUCGAUUACCCUGUAUUCUAUUACUAUGAGAGAAAAACAAAGACGACGUUGCAGCAUGAUUCAUUUCUGCAAAAUCCUGAACAAGCCAUCAAGACUUCGGGAUUUAAGUGCUGGGUAGCAACAUACGGCGAUGCUCUGGUCGCAGUACUUGUGCUACGCUCAAUCGAUUCGAAUGAAGCUGAAAUACCGUAUUGGUUUGUUCGCAGCCGGUACAGACACAGUGGCCUUGGUGGAGACCUAAUGAACGAAGCAUUGCAAUACGCUAGAACAACGAAGGACCUGGACCUUGUCAAGAUGGAAACAUCCACCAUCAAUGCGAGAGCGAACAAAACACUGCAGCGCUUCGGAUUCGAAAGAGAGAAGGGGCCAAAUGACAAUAAGAUUCUUGCUCUUUUCCGCAUCCACAACCUGAAAUGGCUCCUGCAUACGAGUGGGCCAUGAGGUCGAUCAACAAGAGAGAGCAGUUGAAUUGGCUCUAGCAAUGAAGAUCUUGUCUUUUCACGAAGGGUGAAGCUGCUGUAUGACAGUGAGCAGUGCCGUGAUGCUUGUCCUGCUAUUUGACGCUCGAUUUUGACCUGCAGGCCGCAGCUAGCCUUCUCCAGUGUGCGGCUAUCGCAUCCAGCUGGUAUGACAUUUUGGGAGUAUCCCUCGGCUCGCCACACUAUUCUCAAUCAGACAACCUCAUCAUGGAAGCUGCUCUAGCUGGCAAUGUCGCUUCAGUGCCUUGAGACUAGUGGCUGCAUGAUACGCUUGUCGGAAACACAGCUUGAGCUAGCGGCA